ACCUGUGGUAUCCAAUUACCCACCAAAACGAAUUCACGUUAGACCUGUGUUCGUUUAAACUGUUUAGCUAGCUAGCGUCUAAUCGGAAUUGACCACAUUGCGCAUGCGUGAGGCUGGACACUGGAGUCACUUCAUGUUUCUGAUAACUCCUGUCAUUUUACAUUUAAUAGCUACCUUUUCUUUCAUUAAGAUAUUGUAAUAGCACAAUACAACGACCCAACCUGCAUCUGGGCUCUAGUGGACGUAUGUAGUUAAACCGACGCCUGAACGCAUCUAAGCGAAUACGGAAGUGAGUGAAAGUGUAUUUUUCGCUUCGGCGCCGUCUCUUUUCUGAUGAACCCAUAGCAUCAGUGUCGUGAACAUUAGAGGUCCCUUUUGUGGUGUGAGAUUAGACGCUAUAAUGCUGUUCACACAAAGAUCAAGGGUGACGAGUGUGAAGAGAGACAAGUGAAGGAAGUCUGAUCCACCAUGGGAAAUACACCAUCAAAGAGUGGCAGUGGAGAGGAACCGGUCAAAACAACUUUGUUUGAAAAGGAGCCAAGUGGGAUAACAUACAGGAUCCCUGCUCUCAUUUAUCUGAGGCACAGUCACACCUUCCUCGCCUUUGCAGAGAAAAGAUCCUCACCCUCUGACCAUGAUGCCAAAAUUCUUGUUAUGAGAAGAGGAACAUUGAAAGAUGAUGGAUCUGUUCAGUGGUCGUACAGUCAGGAGCUGUCAACAGCAUGCCUACCAAACCACCGCACUAUGAAUCCUUGCCCUGUGUAUGAAAAAAACAGCAAAACACUGUUUUUAUUUUUCAUCUGUAUCUGGGGAAACACCACAGAGUGCAGGCAGAUCAUCACAGGUAAGAACAAGACGCGCCUUUGCUUCGUCAGCAGCAGCGAUGACGGGCAAACCUGGAGUCAAGCGAGAGACUUAACAGAAAGUGUUAUUGGUGAAACUAUCCAUAAGUGGGCCACGUUCGCUGUGGGGCCGGGCCACGGUGUUCAGCUGGAGAACGGCAGAUUGAUCAUCCCAGCGUACGCCUAUUAUGUUCCUUACAGAUGCUGUUCCUACCCCAUUCCGUUCACAGUCUACCCACGAGCACUGUCGGUAUAUAGCGAGGACUUUGGCCAGACGUGGCAUAUAGGUAAGAUGCUUCGAAAAAAGUCCUGUGAAUGUGAAAUGGCAGAGAUCAUAGACCACGAGGGCAGGAGUCAUCUUUACUGUAAUGCUCGUAACACUGGAGGCCACAGGUGUGAGGCCCUGAGUGAAAACAGCGGCGUGUAUUUUGACAAACCCCACAUUGCUCCAGAGCUCGUCGAACCGCCUUCAGGCUGUCAAGGCAGCGUCAUUGGCUUUCCUGCCCCUGAAUUUGUCCCCAACGAUGACGCUGAAAGCAAAGCUUGUGGCACGUCGCUCUUGUCUCCAGACACGCAAACCUGGCUCCUCUUCAUCCACCCAACUAAGAAGUCUAGCAGAAGGGACAUGGGCGUGUAUUUGAACCGAUCCCCCCUGCACUCAUCAGGGUGGGACAGGCCCAGGAUCAUCCACAGCGGGCCCAGUGGCUACUCAGACCUGGCCUACAACGGAGACAAGGAUCAGUUUUCAUGCCUGAUGGAGUGUGGGAAAGAAAGUGAACUUGAGCAGAUAGCAUUCAUGUCGUUUAAUCUUAAUGAUGUCAUGCAGACGGGCAGUAAGAAAGACAUGAAGAUGCGCUGAAUUGCAGUUGCUUUAUUUCUGUAUUAACAAAAGCUCUUUAACAUUCUCCUGCAAUCUAAAAAUCCAAGCAAAGGCAACUAAAUAUGCUGUGCAGUGACAUCCGUCUGUGUUUACUGUUGUUCUACAGUCAGGAGAUGAAAGCAUGCAUGAGUCGUGUGUUUUGUUGUCUCCUCGUUUACAUGAAAAAGUAAUCCAAGUCUUAAUAGUAUUAAUAUGCAAGCAGCUGUGUAAGAAAAUAAACUAUUUUUAAUAGGUUGGGUGGCUGAUUUCAAGCAUGCUGGACUGUCAUCUUUAUAACAGGCUUUUUGUGUAGCAUGUUUGACAAGUACUUCAUGCCCAUUUCUGCAUCUUAUUAAACUGUCAGUAUAUUCUGAGCAGUGGAGAGAAUUUGCCUACCUCUUUUUAUUUUCAUAUGACGAUCAUAGCAGGCCUUGUAAAGUAGAGCGCAGACUUUCCUCCGUGCUCAGCCUCUCCUUUACAUUUAGUGUCCUCUGAUUCACACAUGCCUUCUAUCUACUCCACUGUUUAAAUUUAAGCUGUGCAGCAGCCCGUCGGUCCACAACCUUUUCUGUUGGUCACAGUGGGCGUCGCAAAGUUGCCAACAAAACUGGACAGAAAAGAUAAACAUUUAAUUCAUAAUUAACAAUCAACAUAGAGACCAGCCAAACUGUACCACAUGUAUGAGUUUGAGGAGAGCAGUGGAUGGAUACUUCUGUCAAAAGCAUUUGGGAUUAUUUGUACAGUACACAGAUUUCUAUUUAAUUAACUUUCAAAAGCAAUAUUUCACUUGGGUGUAUCAUUUUCUUAUUUUUUCCCCCCGGUGCAUUUAGCAUGAGUUUCUGAACAGACUUUUAUUUUUUGCAUCAUUAACUUAGUGCAGUAUCAUGACCAAGUAUAAUUGGCUGGUUAUUGGUUAUCAUGUGCAAGCAUGUAACGGCAUGUAACAGUAAAAGAAGACUCACUAUUUAUAAGGCCACUAAUAAUUUACACACACACAACCUUGUACUGAGCGACUUCAACAUAUAUCUUUGCCUAAUGUUGUGAGGCAAAAUGCCUCCAGGUGGCUCGACACUAGUUUUAUUGUGUUUCUGUUGACUGUUGUGGCAAAAACCUGCAUGAAACGUGUUUUUAGUAGAAAAUAAAAGUAACCUGUGAUCAUGCGA